UGUUUGAUCUGGUCCAAUUUGAAAAUCACAAGCCCAAGAACUGGAAUAACUUAACCCUACUUAUCGGAUAUAUCUUGUUUCGUUUGUUCUGACAUACUGCUUUUAUAUCGUCUCGGCAGUGAAUAGAUCAAGCUUACGGGUGUUGUCGAGCAGACUCUGCUGAUCAGAAGAGCUCUACAACAAUGUCAGGGAAGCCGAGGGCAACCAGGAAAGAUGAAGUUGUGACCAGAGAGUACACCAUUAAUCUCCACAAACGCUUGCAUGGAUGCACCUUCAAGAAGAAGGCACCCAAGGCAAUAAAGGAGAUAAGGAAGUUUGCUCAAAAAGCAAUGGGAACAACAGACGUUAGGGUUGAUGUGAAACUAAACAAGCAAAUUUGGAGUAAAGGGAUCCGAAGUGUGCCGAGGAGGGUCCGUGUCCGAAUUGCACGGAAGAGGAACGACGAUGAAGAUGCCAAAGAAGAACUUUACUCACUGGUUACUGUUGCUGAGGCUCCAGAGGGACUCAAGGGCUUAGGCACUACUAUUAUUGAGGAUGAUGAAGACUAAAUUUUUCUCUUUAAGAAAACUUUAUGCUAAGCAAUUCCUGUUUUGGCUGUUGUCCUUUCUCAACUAGUUAUUCUGAUUAUUGCAUUUUGAUGUUUAGACUCGACAAAUCUUUGUAUGUGUUAAAAACAAAAUUUGGGCUCUUUACAAGUUUAUUCUCAUUAUUCUGCCAACUCAAACUGAAAUUUGUGUUCCUAAUGCUCUCACUUGGAGCGUAUCACAAAACAUUAGAAGUGGUUGUAUUAGGAAUAAAAAGAA